AUGUGCUGUUCCAGUGGUUCAUCGCUUGCACUGGAAAAUGCGAUACGUAUUGUUGGUGGUAUUGGUACGUCGUUGGUUGAUGUAAAGGAUGUCCCGCAGCUUGCAUUCAGCAUUUUUCAACAAGCAUUUUCGGAAACAUCCACGCAUCACGAUCUCAUCGUAGCCGAACUGGCCAAUAUGUGGAUUGCUGGCGCGGUAUGCUACCUCUCUGCAACACAUACAUAUUGA